AAAUGAAAGGUAGGGUGUGUGUGUAAGAACACAGAGAAGCAGGUGAGGUCAAAGUAGACACAUCACUUAAUGCAUUGAGCAGAAGAAGAAGAAGAAGAAGAGAGAACCCAAAAAAGAUAAUAAAAAAAAUGGAAGCUAAUGGUGAAGAAGAGAGCAAGAGUAGAAGAGAAGAUGAAGAAAAAGAAGAUUACUACUCUCUUCUCAACUCUCCAUGUUCUACUUGUCACAACGUUGUUCAAGCCAUAUUGAAGUGUCUUGGUCUUGAUGAGUCAUCAUCAAUACCACCAUCCUCAUCUUCAUCUUCAUCUUCAUCACCAUCAUUAGUACAAGAAGAAGAUGUAGGAACUGAUGAACUCGUUGAAGAAACAGGAUUUAUGGCGAGGAUCACACGAGUGUUAAGAAGGAGACCAAGACCACCUUACAGCUCAGGGAGACCUGGUCAAAACAAUUGAUAUUUCUGAUUAUAUCACUCUCUUAUAUACUCGUUCGUGUCUUCUUCUUGUUUAAAAACUUACUUAUCAUCUUGAAAUUUUUGUUUUGUUUUCUUUUUGUGAGUGGUUUUAUUUUGUUUUUGUUUUUUUUUUCUUACAUGCUUUAUUUAUUUGAAAUAAGACAAAACUGGUAAGACUCUUUUGUAACAUAGGUUUCAUGUUUUUUUAUCUUCUUAAAUACGUGACUUACUGAUUAGAGAUUCAUCGUAUAUAUCGAUAUUC